GCGCACUGUCCACUAGCUGGGGGGAAAAACCCCGAGCAGGAGGAGGAAAAGGAGGACUCCGUCUUCUCCUUCUUUUUUCCUCUUCUUCAAACGCGGCGGAAAAAAGACGCGGCGGUGACUCGCGGGGCGAGAAGAAAGGAAUUAAAAGGAAGGGAAGAGCAGAACAAAAAAAAAAAAGGCGGAUGUGCCUCCGAACGCGCGGCGGAUGUCGUCCUCCGGACUUCCUUCAUGCUAACAUUAAGAGGUCCAAGACCAAAAGGGGGAUGACAUGCAUGUGUCCAGCCUACUAACAUCGCUGACGACUCGCACGCUAACCGACCGUCCGCCAUCACGACAUGACGGACAUACUGUACACUGGUCCCAUCCCGGCUGAGCGAGGGGAGGGCGAGCUGGCCAUGGUCGUGGGUCGCGGCGAGACCUCGCCGCUGAGCGGGCCGCCGGAACGAGGCUUGAUCCCCGCCCAGAACUCCCAGCGACCGAGUGCCUGCUGCUUCUGCUGGUGCUGCUGCUGCAGCUGCUCGUGUCUCACCGUCAGGAAUGAAGACGAGAGGCGGCGGCGUAGGAGGAAGAGGAAAUCGCAAGACACCAAGAUGGAAACCAUACCAAACUGUGAAGCUUGCACCAAGGCCUCCCCGGAAGAGAUGCGCCUCUGGUCUCAGUCCUUUGACAAGCUGAUGAGGAACCCGGCGGGUCGCAACGUCUUCCGCGAGUUCCUGCGCACGGAGUACAGCGAGGAGAACAUGCUGUUCUGGCUGGCGUGUGAAGACCUCAAGCAGGAGAUGAACAAGAGUCGUGUGGAGGAGAAGGUGCACUCCAUCUACGAGGACUACAUCUCCAUACUGUCACCCAAAGAGGUGAGUCUGGACGCCCGCGUGCGGGAGGUGAUCAACAAGAAGAUACAUGACCCCACGCCUCACACCUUCGAGGACGCCCAGUUGCAGAUCUACACGCUGAUGCACAGGGACUCCUACCCGCGAUUCCUCUCCUCCAACAUCUACAGGUCUCUCAUCCAGGACAGCUCGUGCAGUUCGUCCGAGUCCUAAUCCCGCGCCUCAGUUUCCCCCUUCCUGCUCCCGAGCCAGCAGGUAAUGUUUUUGUGUUUUGUCGGAAUUAAGGGGGAAAGAAAUGCGAUUUGUGUCAUUCAUGCGUUAUUGGCGAUAAAAAAAGGAGUCUCAAUAUCGGUACGCCGUAUUCAGCGUAAUGGAUUUUCUACAUUUGAUCAAAUAUGCUUCUUUACCUUACGUUUUUUAAAAGACAUCUUUUAGCCACUACACAAAACUUUAAUACAGCAGUGACUCAAUGCCACCCCCCUUGUGGAAUAAAACGGUAUUGCAAGAGAAUAACCAACCUUAAUAGAGCUAAAACAUACAAAAAAAUUUUAAAUCAAGGCUUCAGAAUAUUAUAUUACUAUCCAAUUUAUUUCUAAUUUAAAGAAAAAAAAGAUUCUGGUAUUUUUUUUCACCAAUCAAAGACAACUUUUUUCUCCACGGCCCGACAACUUCUUUAAUUGUUAAUACAGCAGUGACUCAAUGGUGCCCCCCUGUGGAAUAAAGUGAUAUUGCAAGAGAAAAAACACCCUUAAUGGAGCUAAAACACACAAAAAAAAAUUAAAUCAGGGCUUCAGUAUAUUAUAUUACUAUCUAAUUUAUUUCUAAUUUAAAAGAAAAAAAAAUUCUGGUAUUUUUUUUUUUUUUGCACCAAUCAAGGAAAACUUUUUUCUCCACAGCCUGACAACUUCUUUAAUUGUUAAUACAGCAGUGGCUCAAUGGUGCCCCCCUGUGGAAUAAAUUGAUAUUGCAAGAGAAAAAACACCCUUAAUGGAGCCAAAACAUACAAAAAAAAUUAAAUCAAGGCUUCAGAAUAUUAUAUUACUAUCCAAUUUAUUUCUAAUUUAAAGAAAGAAAAGAUUCUGGUAUUUUAUUUUUAUUUUUUUGCACCAAUCAAAGACAACUUUUUUCUCCACGGCCUGGCAACUUCUUUGUUAAUACAGCAGUGACUCAAUGGUGCCCCCCUGUGGAAUAAAGUGAUAUUGCAAGAGAAAAAACACCCUUUAUGGAACUAAAACAUACAAAAAAAACUUUUAAAAAAAUCACGGCAUCAUAAUAAUACAUUACUACCCAAUUUAUGGCUAUUUUAAAAAAAAAAGAUUCUGGUAAUUGUUUUAAUUUUGCACCAACCAAAGACAACUUCUUUAAUCAUGAAUACAGCAGUGACUCAAUGGUGCCCCCUGUGGAAUAAAGUGAUAUUACAAGAGAACAACCACCCUUAAUGGAACUAAAACAUACAAAAAACCUUCAAAAAAAAAAUCACGGUAUCAUAUUACAUUACUACCCAAUUUAUUACUAUUUUUUAAAGAUUCUGGUAAUUGUUUUAAUUUUGCACCAAUCAAAGACAACUUCUUUAAUCAUUUAUACAACAGAGUCUCAAUGGUGCCCCCCUGUGGAAUAAAGUGAUAUGGCAAGAGAACAACCACCCUUAAUGGAGCUAAAACAUACAAAAAACCUUUGAAAAAAAUCACGGCAUCAUAAUAUUACAUUACUACCCAAUUUAUUACUUUUUUUUUUUUAAAUAUUCUGGUAAUUAUUUUAAUUUUGCACCAAUCAAAGACAACUUCUUUAAUCAUUAAUACAGCAGUGACUCAAUGAGUCCCCCCUGUGGAGUAAAGCAGUAUCGCAAGAGAACAAGCACUCUUAAUGGAGCUAAAACAUACAAAAAAUAAAACUUUAAAAAAAAUUACAUCAUAAUAUUACACUACUUUAAAAUUACUUUUUUUUUUUUUUUAAAGAUUCUGGUAUCUGUUUUAAUGUUUUGCACCAAUCAAAGACAACUUCUUUAAUCAUUAAUACAGCAGUGACUUAGUGGUGCCCCCCUGUGGAAUAAAGCGGUACUGCAAGAGAACAAGCACUCUUAAUGGAGCUAAAACAUACACAAAACAAAAUCACAUCAUAAUAUUAUAUUACUACAAAUGUAUUUCUACUUUUUAAAAAAAGAUUCUGGUACUUGUUUUAAUUUUGCACCAAUCAAAGACAACUUCAAGAAGAUGUUUAUCUUUACUUUUUUUUUAACGAUCCAGCCAAUUGCCUUUUAAAGCCAACAGGAGGGCAUACCUGACUCCGCCCACCCGCAUGCCACACAUUUGCCUUAUAAGGGCAUGCUUCCUUUCCCUGCCAACUGGAAAGCACACUGAGCUUUGACUACUGAUUUACAAACUCCGACAAGACUUCUUUUGUUCUUGGAUUUUUUUUUUAAAAAAAAUGUUCCCCUCUCUCCCUUAAUAGCGACGUUUAAAUAUUCUCACACUUAUUUCUCCCUUGGGGAUUUUUUUCUUUUCCGUGCAAAAAAAAAAGAGGAUCUUUGAGAGACUGAAGUGAUCCAACACAUGAUGCAACACACACACUGCAAUAAACAACUGGAGUCAGCACACACACACACACACACACACACACUAUUUGUAUCACCAUAUGUGAUGGCGUUUUUGUAUAACAAAAAAUAGCAAUGCAAAUACAGUAUUUAUGUUGCUAUUCUUUGUACUUUUAACUACUUUUAAUAGAAGUACAGUAGAAGACUUUUAUCCAAACUGUUGGGUAUGGUGAUACACACACACACACACACACACACACACACACACCAGGGUGACCCCCCUGGUUGCUGCUGCUGACCUCUGUGACUUCUCACCUUUGACCUCACCACUGUUGUCGGCCCACGGCCGCCGUGCUGGACUGUGGUUGCUGCGUCGAGGAAAGGCUUUCUCUUGUGUAAAAAAAAAAAAAAAGUCAAAAGUCAAGACGAUGUUAGCAAUGGAAAAAAAAACGUUUUUUACUGAAUGCAU